AUGACCUAUAUUAUGUCUUUGUUUUUACUAGGGUUAGUGUUAGGGUUAGUCGCAGUAGCUUCUAAUCCCUCCCCUUAUUUUGCCGCUCUAGGUUUAGUGGUGGUAGCAGGUAUGGGGUGCGGGGUGUUAAUCAAUUAUGGUGGGCCUUUUCUAUCCUUAGUCCUGUUUUUAAUCUACUUGGGGGGAAUGCUGGUUGUGUUCGCGUACUCAGCAGCUCUUGCUGCUGAGCCUUACCCUGAGACUUGAGGAAGCCGCCCUGUUGCUGCUUAUAUGGCCGCUUAUGUAUUGGGUGUGGUGCUUAUUUCAAGUAAAUUCUGAGGGGAGUGGUACGAGUUUUCGUGAGUGCCGGGGGAUGAGCUUGACGAACUUUCUGUUUUCCGGGGGGAUAUUGGUGGGGUGGCGUUGAUAUAUUCAGCGGGGGGAGGGAUGCUGAUUAUUAGCGCUUGAGUGCUAUUGUUAACACUCUUUGUUGUGCUAGAGCUGACUCGGGGGCUCAGUCGUGGGACAUUGCGGGCCGUUUAA